AUGUCUUGGUUAAUGGGUGGCGGCCGAGCUCAGCCAUCAUCCGCGGAAAAGAUUGCAGCAGCAGAGGCUGAGAUUGAAAUGGUUUCAGACAUGUUCGCACGUCUAACUCGGUCCUGCACAGCUAAAUGUAUCGCUGGUCAAUACCGCGAGUCCGAUCUCAACACGGCAGAGUCCGUGUGCCUCGAUCGAUGCGUGUCCAAAUUUUUCGAUGUCAAUAUGAAGGUGUCGGAAAAGAUGCAACGUGAAGCUGCUGCCAAAGGAGGUAUGGGCGGCAUGAUGGGUGGUGGUAUGUGA